UUUCAUUCCUUUUAUACGGUUAUCUCAAUUUUAAAUUUACACUCAACAGUUCCAUCGGAACAGAGGAUGUUAAGACGACGUCGUUAGCUAAUCCUCUCCUCGUUGGAAGUCUGGGCGACCUCACAGCAACCUUAGAACCCUAACAAGGUCUGAUUUCUGUAGUUAUUAGUGGUUAUUUUUUUUUUUUGUUUGGUAUAGGAAGAGAGAGAUGCAUCUAUGGCCAUCCUUGAGGAUCAGAGAGUCGUUCAAGUUUGAUUACCUCAAGAAACUGGAAUGGAACCUCAAAAGAAUGGAAAAUGAGUCUCCAACUAAUAAGAAGAAACUUCUGAAUACUGAAGAAGGAGGCUCUAAUGAUGUGAAUGCUCCGAUUGAACAGCAUGGAACUCUUGCCUGUUCCAGAGACCUCCUGAUCAUUCUUUCUUGCUGUUACUGUUGUUUCUGCUGUGGAGCUUGUGUUGAUGAAGAAUAGAACUGAUACUGUGCAUGUUUUGGGAAGGACUAUGGGGCGUGGUAAAAGCCAUCCUUGUGCAAACAAGAUUUACAGAGUAAAUAACAGAGACCAUACAUAGUUAAGUUAAAUAAACUCCAUAAUAUUCUCAUCAUGUUUGGUUCUCUUCUUCUUCUUCUUGGAUCAAGCUCAACUUGCCUGUUCAAGCAUGUCUCAUUUCUUUGUAGUUAGAGAACUUUUUCUUGUGCUUAAUCAAUCCAGUUUGUAAAUCAGUUCAUUGCUUUGUUAAAAGUUCUUUCCUCAAGCUGGGGUCCCCUCAGCCUUGGGUGGUUUACGAAUAAGCCUAAAAAUGAAGCUUGAGCUUAGUUGAUUGGCUGAUAUGAAGAUGUUGAUUCAUUUACA